AAGGAUUUGGCCACUCCAAGUGAAGCCUCUUCAUCACAGGAAGGCCAGCAAAACAGGAGACUGAAAGUCACUUUGCUGAGUAGUGAGUGGAGAUCAUCAACUGAUAGAGAAGUCUCAACUAUCAGUAGAAAGCUUGCUAUACAGUUAGCUAAGCAUCCUAAUGUGGAAGUUAGUGUGUUUCUUCCUAAGUGCAGUGAAGAGGACAAGAGCAAUGCCGCAAGUCACAAAAUUCAGCUCAUUGAAGCAGAUGAAUUGCCAGGCCAUGAACCAAUUUUUUGGUUGUCAUCUUUACCCAGAAACCAUGAUGUAGACUGUGUCAUAGGACAUGGAGUACACCUUGGCAAACAAAUUCCAUCCAUAAAGAGGACUACAGACUGUAGAUGGAUUCAAGUUGUUCACAGUGUUCAUGAAGAAGUGGGAAUGUACAAGAACAUUUCAGAAGGAGAAAAACUUCAGCAAACAGAACUAAAACUCUGUAAGAUGGCCGAUGAGGUUGUAGCAAUAGGACCUAAAGUGGCAGAGGCCUACAAACGGUUCCUUUGUUCUGCUAGAGAAGAGGAAACCAUUUUAGAUCUCACCCCAGGUGUUUUCUCUGAAUUUUUGAAUGUAGCACAAGCCACUGAUGAAAGGAAAACAUUCUGUGUUUUAGUGAUUGGAAGUGGUGACAGCUGUGAAGAUUUCAAUGUUAAGGGGUUCAACAUGGCUGCCAAAGCAAUUGCUGAAUUAAAAGAUGCAUCCUACCAACUGAAGUUUCUUUAUUCACUAAGAGAAAAAGGCGAGGAAAUAGCAGAGAAGCUGCUUCAGCAUGGCAUCAGUCGUAAUCAGCUAAUUGUUCGAAGCUUUAAUGACAACAAAGAAGUACUAGCUGACAUGUUCUGUGAGGUGGAUCUUGCCAUAAUGCCAUCUAGAACUGAAGGUUUUGGAUUGCCUGGUCUUGAAGCGUUAUCUGCUGGUCUGCCUGUACUUGUCAGUGGUAAUUCAGGACUUGGAGAAGCUCUGAAGGAAGUACCUUUGGGUUCGCAGUGUGUGGUAGACUCAGAAGAUUCUAAAGACUGGGCCAGAGAGAUCAGAGAUGUUCGUCAAAAACGUAGGAAUGUUCGCCUUUCAGAAGCAAAGCUUCUUCGUGAACAUUAUGCAAAAGCUUAUGACUGGGAGAAGCCUUGUACUGUCCUUGUAAAAAAGAUGCAGACACUUGCAUUUGGUAAAAGUUGUCUUUCAUUAUGACUAUUUUUGGUUGUGACAAUAAAACAAUGAGUUGUUAUGUAUUAGUACUGCUACUUCAAUAUACUUUUGCAAAAGCAUGUUUUUGUCAUUCACUAGACAGUUGAUGUUUUCAAAUAAUUAUAGCACAGAGUCUUUAUUGGUCACCUACAUGUAGGUAUGUUCAACGUUGUUAGUUAGUAAUCUAUCUGGGAGACCGGACUUCAGAUGGAAACUUCUGUUUUUUUUAUUUGGGAACAAACAUACAACUCUCAAGGUGCCUGUCUCCACCAAGCUUUGACAUUUUUAUAAAACUAAUGAACUGUUUGGUUCACUAGUAAAGGUUAAAUGGGGAGUGGUAACUUGAAAUGAAAUUAAAAUUGGAUUUUAAAUUCAAUUUGAAUAUUUUAUAUAUUCCUACUUCCAUUUAAAUUUCUAUAUAUUCUGUUGAAGUGGUUAAUGUUUAUGUUAUGAUUAAAAUAGAGUCAAAAUCAAUUUAUGAAAAGUUUAUAUCAAUUGAGGUUCAAAAUCAGGUUAUUCAGGGAUGCUAACAUCUGUUUUAUCAGACUUUUAAGAGACUAAGAAAAGAAUUGACAGAUAACAUAUACCACAAAGGUAAUCAGUGGGACAAGCUCCAUACCCUGAUUAAUUUUUUUACCAAUUGAAAAUCUUAUCAAAUUCUUUCAAACAUUAUUUGUGAGACAUCCUCCAUGACAUACCAGAUGUAUAUCCUCUGAAAUUUCCAUGAUAUUCUGUUGAAGUGGCUACUGUUUAUACACUGUAGCUAGCUAUAAUUUGAAUGAUUAUCUUUGCACACCAAUUUAGGAAAUGAAAAAUAGCUUAUUGAAAUAGAGUGAAAAUCAAUUAUGAAUUCGGUUUAUCACAUGUAGGUUCAUCAGGAAGCAGGUUAGUCAAGCCAGUCAGGGAUAAGAGGCGAACAUCUUUUGCUGAUACAUGUCAGGCUUGUAAGAGACCAAGAAAAGAAUUGACAGAUGGCACGUACCACAAAGGUAAUCAGUAAUUUCCACAGCUUUGAGCUGUAGAAAUUGGGAUAAGUUCCAUACCCUGAUUAAUUUUUUAACCAAUUGGAAAUCUCAUCAAAUUCUUUCAAAAUUAUUUAUGAAGCAUCCACCAAGACAUACUAGAUGUAUAUCUUCUGGAAAUUCCAUGAUAUUCUUUUGAAGUGGUUUAUAUUUAAAUACUGUAGCUAGCUAUAAUGUGAAAGAUUAUCUUUGCACACCAAAAUUUAUGAAAUGAUAAAUAGCUGAAAUAGGAUGAAAAUCAAUUAUGAAUUCCGUUUAUCGCAUGUAGAUUCAUCAGAGAGCAAGUUAGCCAAGCCAGUCAGGGAUAAGAGGCUAACAUCUGUUGCUGAUACAAGUCAGGCUUGUGAGAGACCCAGAGAAGAAUUGAGAGAUGGCACAUACCACAAAGGUAAUUUCUCAAAACUGGGGUCACUUACAACAUUGCAUCAGAUUGACUAUUUAUGAUAGGAAACACAUAGUAACAUUUUUGUUAGGAAGGCUUUCAUGUAUGUUGGUCUAUGUCAAUGGAAUGUAGUCACUUCCUUAAUCUACCUCUACUAAGCCAAGAUAUCAGAAAUAUUACAUUCAGCAUGAGUUGAAACAGUUAUUUGAUAUUUGAGUUUGUUUAAACAGCAAGCAAUAAGAAGUAUGGUGAAAGUUAUGUUUUACAAUAUUUUACAGUAUUUAAUAAUUAGCUAUUAUUAAUUUAUUUGGCACCUGCCAUAGGUGUGGUAGCAAGCAGAUUAACAGCUUUACCAGUCAAGGAUGAACGACUAUCAUCCAUUGUUUUUGUUCUGUGUAGCUCAGCAGAAGCCAAAACUUAUUUAAUUCUGGAACUCGACCCACUUGGUUUACCCUUUCUGAGAGGAUCCAAAGAAUCUAAGUUUGCUGCUUUUGACCAGUUUAUUUUGUUUGCUUGGUUGGAAUGUUGCUACAUGUAGUAGUAAAAAAACCAUAUUCACUUACUUGGUUUAAACCCUUUUCUGAGUUAUUUUGUUUGCUUGGUUGGAAUGUUGCUUCAUGUAGUAGUAAAAACCCCUCACACCCUAACAUCAGUAUGCAUUUUCUCCUUACUGUUUCCUCGAAAUUUCCUUUGCUACUGACCAGGAGAAUUAGCUAAAAAAUCAAGAGCUUUCUGUGGUGGUGAUUAUUUCCGUAAUUUUUGUGACCGUAAUGGUUGAUUAAGGGAGAUAUUGGGUUAAUAUUGUUUGUGAGGAUUGUCUAGCAAUGAGCAUGCAGCAGCAAGUCAUGAGAACUUAGCUUUUAAAUGUUCCUUGUUCCUUGCAGGUAGGGACAUCCCACCUUUUCAAGAAAGUGGUCAGACUCAAGGUGAUUCCACAGCUAAUGGUAAUUCCUACAUGUAGUAAUCACCAUGUUACUUUAGUUUAAAUUGAUAUUGUGGUUUGGGGAAUGCAUGCACUGCUUGUAGACUAACUUACUUAUACACCAGUCAGUGCGGUCUUCUUAGUGGUAAUUCCGUCAACAGUCUAUUAGAUUAGUGGAAUGUCAUGUCAUUUGCAUAUACAGCGCAGCAUUAAAGUUCUUCCCCAUUGCUUGUCAUCUUGAAAGUUAUUAAGUGGAGAGGUUUCCUGUUUAUGUUUCAGCCAUUUCCAGUGGAUCAUGGCCGCUGUGUUUGUUAACUUCAAUUUAGUUAUGCUUUUCAGUCUCAGUUGUUCGAGGUUAAAUCUGUAAAAGGUCUGAUUUUAAUAUUUGAAUCAUUUUCAUAAUCUGUGUAAUCACAUGCCAUCUGCAUAUAGCCUGAAAAUUCUUUUCCAUUCUGAGUGUAAUUCUUAAGAAAUUGCAUGAAACAUGUACAGAAGUUAACUUUUUUGUUUUCAUAAUUUUCCCCUAGAUCAUGACCUUUCUGUGAUUACAAAACAUCUCAGAGCUGAGUACAACAGAAGAUCUCUUCUAAAACCGCUUCUUUGGGAGAACACCUUUAAGCUACCUCUUGAUGAUGUUUACACAAAAUUGUCAGUCGUGUCGAGACGAAUAACAGACUUUAGAUUGGAAGAUAGAACAGUGAACAUGUUUGACAUCUUUAAAACUGUCAACAAAGAUGACGAUUCUAUGGUGCUCGUAGAGGGAAGCCCUGGAAUUGGAAAGACAACUUUUUGUCUUAAAAUUUCUCAUGACUGGGCUAACCAGAAAAUCCCAAGUGAAUCUGCUUUUCCAGUUUUCAAACUUUUGUUGCUGCUGAAAUGUCGCGACAUUAGUGGAGAUAUAAUAGAUGCCAUUGUUGAUCAGCUACUCCCUAUGGAGGGAAAGGUCAAGGAAAAGCUGUUAGAUUACAUCAAAAAUGUUCACAACCAGGAGAACAUUUUGGUGAUUUUAGAUGGCCUUGAUGAGCUACCGGAAGCAGGUGAAAGUCACGUGAAGUUACUUAGCAGAAGAAUGUUACCACUUUGCUAUGUUUUGGCGACAUCUCGUCAAGAAAAAGGAAUUGAAGUGCGACAGAAGGUUGACUUUGACGUUCUUCUGCAAAUUGAAGGGUUCACGCAAGCAGACUCCUUUGAGUACAUCAGAAAACACUUUAGUCACUUAGGUCUUGAUCAUGUAGCAAAAGGAGAAAGGCUUAUUCAGUCCAUCCUGGAAAAUACCUUCCUACAUGCACUCCCGAGCAAUCCAUUGAAUCUGCUUCUUCUCUGUGUUGUUUUUGAGGAUUACGAAGGGAAUCUACCAUCUUCUCGAACCGAACUUUAUCACAUUAUUGUUUGUUGCCUUUUGCGAAGGUAUUGUGCCAAAAACAAUGUAAAAGCCGCUGUUGAUGACAAAGCUCUAGAGGAACAAUUUAAAGAUAGUUUACUUGCAUUGGGGCAGUUAGCGUGGAGGUGUCUACAAAACGACCGGUUUUCGUUUCGAGAAGAAGAGUUGGCAGAAUUUGAAAGAAGAAAGAAACAUUUGGCAGCUCGUAAACUUGGUUUGGUAUUUAAAGAGGCCAGUGCGAAGAAGAUUAACCCUCAGCACGAAUAUCACUUUUUCCACAAGACUUUUCAAGAGUACUUGGCGGCAUUAUAUCUGGCACACAAGCUACAGGAAGAGAGGGUUAAUGUCUUUCAUGAUUUGAAGUUGAGCUUUGCUGACAUCACAAGAAAAUACAACCAAGUGUUUAUCUUUGUGUCUGGCAUACUGGGUGAGGCUACUUGUAAUCUGUUUAGACAGAUUGGCGAGAAUCUUAAGGUUGAAUGCUGGAACUGGCUAAAUUGUAGUGAGCAAGAGGCGACUUUCUUCACUGAGUGUUUCAGUGAAAGCGGAGAAGCAGAACAAAUGGCUAUGACUCUUUGUUCCUUUAUCCCGUUUCCACAGUCAGUAACCUGUAGGACCGAAAAUGAAUCAUGUGGAGGUGUUCUAAGAGUUGCAAAUGCUUGCAAGAACUUCUUACUAUUACAAUUGCCUAUUCAUCUUACUUUAGAUGUUGAUAUUUUACUAAUGCGUUUUUCCUCUGUUAGCGAGUUUCUAACCUCUUACUCCAGGCUAGAAACUAUUGCCUUUUUUUCUGACGUUUUUACAGACGAAAUACCUGACCUUGUGUAUAACGCACUUCAAGUGAACUCAUCUUUACAUUCCUUUACUCUUCAAACAAGUCGUCCCUUUUCCCCUAAGGAGGCUGCUGCUAUUGGUGACCAUUUAGCCGCAAACAAAACACUACAAACCGUGACUUUAAAACUGCCGGGUGAGUUAGGUGAGCAUUGGGCCACUGUUCUUGAAAAAAGAUUGUCUGGAGAUACACCGCUGACAUCUGUUGUGCUGGAGAUCAGUGGCUCAGUAAGGAAAAGCAGUAUGGUGGCUUUGAACAAUUUGUUAAGGAACAGAUCACUUCAAUCUUUUGGCCUCACUAUUUAUGGAGACAUGCACGAUUUAUUGGCGACUUUUGUCGCUGAAGUACUUGCUGCUGAUCCGUACUUAAAAUCCCUCACAUUGACUGUAUGUGGAAGCAUCAGCUGCUCUGCUUUCAUUUCGUUGAAAAAGGGUGUUGUAGAAAAUAGUACUUUAAGGUCACUGGUCUUAAAAGUGUUCGGAGAACUCCCCGAGAAUUGGAUAAACAUUUGUGAAGCUCUCUAUGUUGCUAAAAAGUCAUCUCUGUCUCUUACAAUUGAGCCGGAUGUAGUCAGCAAAAUAACAACUUCGCAGGUGGCCUGUCUUCGUCCUCUUCUACUUGAAGAAAAACUUGGCGUGUUGAAACUUCACUCACUUACUGUAAAGAUGUGGGGAGAGUUGAGUUGCACUGGAGCAAGUGAUUUAUGCAAACUCCUGAUAGCCUCAAGAGUUUCCUGCGUUAAUUUGAGUAUCCAUGGAAGAGUAACAGAUGGUGUUGCUACCUGUUUGGUUAAGAACUUUGACAAAGUUAAGUCACUGUCCAACUUGAGUAUCAACAUUAGGGGAGAGGUGACAAGAGACGGAGAGAGCACUCUUGAAGCCCUAACAUGCAAUCAAAAAUUUUCAUGUACUUUAAAUGUCCAUGACGUAAGGACAGUGGACGAAAUAUGCGAAGAAGUUGAGUUAUCUGUAGUCGAUUCUUCGUCAUUAACAUCAGCAUUUACAGACGUCGAGACUAUCUGCUCACGUGUUAGUAAAGUGAGUAUGAACUUUGAUAGCCCCAUUUACUCAAGUGAGGAGGACUGGGGACGAAGUGUUGGUGACUUUUUGGCGAAAUUCGUGUCACUUACUACAUUACACCUCUCAUUCAAUAACUGCAGUGGCAUGAGUGUACUCUUGAUGGGCGAACUGGGAAGUAGUUUGGCACACAACACGUCGAUAACCACGCUGAGUAUUACAGUCAACAGCCACAGUUACACGAUUGGAGACUGGAUGGGCAAACUGGAAAGUAGUUUGGCACAAAACACGUCGAUAACCACGCUGAGUAUUACAGUCAACAGCUAUAGUUGCUUGAGUGGAGACUGGAUGGGCGAACUGGGAAGUAGUUUGACACAAAGCACGUCGAUAACCACGCUGAUUAGUACAGUCAACAACUACAGUGUCAUGAGUGGAGACUGGAUGGGCGAACUGGGAAGUAGUUUGGCACAAAACACGUCGAUAACCACGCUGAGUAUUACAGUCAACAACCACAGUGACAUGAGUGUACUCUGGAUAUACGAACUGGGAAGUGUUUUGGCACAAAACACGUCGAUAACCACGCUGAGUAUUACAGUCAACAGCUACAACUACACGAUUGUAGACUGGAUGGGCAAACUGGAAAGUAGUUUGGCACAAAACACGUCGAUAACCACGCUGAGUAUUACAGUCAACAGCUAUAGUUGCUUGAGUGGAGACUGGAUGGGCGAACUGGGAAGUAGUUUGACACACAGCACGUCGAUAACCACGCUGAGUAUUACAUUCAACAACUACAGUAACACGAGUGGAGACUGGAUGGACGAACUGGGAAGUGGUUUGGCACAAAACACGUCGAUAACCACGCUGAGUAUUACAGUCAACAACCACAGUGACAUGCAUGGAGACUGGAUGCGUAAUCUGAGGAGUGUUGUGGCACAGAUCACGUCACUUGCCAUAUUAAACCUUACACUAAACAACCACACUAAUUCAUACGAAGACUGGAUAAACGAAUUC